AUGGCACAACAUCAGCAAGAACUCAGUUUGCAACUGGGUAGGAUUGAAGUUGAGCGAGAUCUUUUCAAACAAAAAUUAGAAGAACAAAAAGUUGAUGCGCAAAAACAUGCAUUAAUCGUAAGAAUUGAUGAGUGGGAACGAGAUUCGAUUAAUAAAAUUAAAGAAAUGGCAGCAGAAACCAGACAAGCAGUGCGCUCACAUAUUGUUGACUACCUUACUCAAAUGGAAUCUAAAUUAAAUCCAUUAACUGAACAAAUUCGUCAAAUUCGUAAUGACGAUGACAUUUUGGACACAGAUAUUAAAAAAUGGAAAGAAGAACUUAAACAGUUGAACGCUUUACUUGACAAUCCUUUUCUGUUGAGAAUCCAACAAGAUGCUGCACCUUUGGUUACAAAGAUAUGUUUAGAAGUUUGCGGAUCAUCAUGA